AUGGGAGAUGCUUCUCAUGCGUCUCAUGUUAGGUCUCGUACUUAUGCUGAUCAGGUGAAGGGGAAGCAACAGCUUCCAACAACAUCUAUUGAUCUCAGUUCUUUACCAUUGCCAACGUUAAAAGAAGGCAAACCAGCGAUUGUUUUACCUGAAUCUUUCUAUUUGGAAGGUUGUGAUAUUUGGAAAUUCAGUCUUAUUGGACGUUUAGAUUUCAAAGGAAUUACUUUCCAAGAGGUGAAGGAUGAUUUGGAACAUCAAUGGCAGCUAGGUCAAGGUGCGGUUCAGCUAAUUCCUAUGAGUAGAGGUUUCUUCACCAUCAAGUUACAAUCCCAAACAGCAAAAGAAAAGCUUUUGAAUGCUGAAGCUUGGUUUUUUAGGCAUCAAAAGCUAACCCUAAUUGAAUGGUUUCCUGGUUUUGAUGCUGAAAAACAAAGAUCAUCUCAUGCUUCCGUGUGGGUUUCUUUUCCAGGGCUUCCAUUAGAAUUAUGGACAGAAAAAACGCUAUUGUCCUUGGCUAAAUCAUUAGGAACUCCAAUUGUGGUUGAUAGACGUACUCUUGCUCAUGAAUAUGGUCACUUUGCAUCAGUUUUGGUGGAUAUUAAUUUUGCUGAAGCAGCUACUGAUGCUAUUCAUAUUACGAUUGGGGGUUUAGAUUUUUGGCAAUCUGUUGAGAUUCAAAAAGUUCCAAAAUAUUGUUCCAAGUGCAAGUUGAUUGGGCAUACUGAUCAUGAAUGUAGAAAGCAGCACAAGGAAAAUACUGAGCGACAACUUGUGGUAAGCAAACAAGUUAGCGGUGAUGAUUCUCAACCUGGCGUGAGCAAUAUUCCUAAACCUGCUGGUGGGGAAUGGCAAGUGGCUAGGCGUAAGAAGAAGGGUAAGAAAAAAGCUCACAACGUCAAUGUAGAUGUGCGUGAUGUUGUUGAUAAUAUUGCUGGGGAAGAAGCUGAUGUGGAGUUUGCUGCUAAGCUGGUGAAGGCUCAGCAGUUGGAGGUUGUUAUGGCACAAGCCAAAGCUGAUUUUGAAUCUGUCUAUGUUGAAUUGCUUACGGCUGGGGAGUUUCUUUUGAAUAAAAACAGAUAUAAUGCUAUUGAAACAAUUCAAGAUGUGGAGGAGAGUUCAGCUGAUGCAAAGUUUAGGGCUGAUCAAGAAGCUAGGCGUGUUCGCAUGCAAUCCAUGCAUAAGGUAGUGAAUACUACUGAGGGUAGGAAUGCUUCUGAUUCCGAGUCUCUUCAGGACUCCAAUUUGAGAAUUUGUGCUGAAAAAGGAAGUUUACCAAGAAUUAAUUCUGGUGCAACUUCUCAGAUUGAUAUUGAUUCCUCCAAAACUGGUUUUUAA